UAACAAUCGUCACUACACCAACUUGUCAACUGUCCUCAACAACAAAACGCACCAUUGCUUCUAGCUUCGAGAACUUAAUAUACAAUAAACACACAUAAUGCAAUCAUGAUACCAUCUUUCAUGGAUUCUCCAAAACGAAAACGAAAUAAUCUCCAGGCUCCAACCCCUCCGGAUUCCUCACCUGUGCGUCUGGAGACCUCAAUGAAUUUUCCUACAAUAACUCCCGAUGAGGCUGGCCAAGGCAGUCCACGCACAAAGGUCGCAUACCAUUUUCAGGGACUUGCCCUCGAUGGACCUACUGAUAUAAAGAAACUGGAUCUAAAAAAGAAGGCACAAGAAACAACAAAUGCCGAAUCUGUUGCGCGCAAAAGGGUCAAGAUGUUUGCGAGCAAAGAUGUGGACAUGACUGGAAACACAAUAAUGGAAAUUCCCGAGACACCGCAAACAAAAAUCUUUAGACCUGCAAUUGGAGAUGAAAGAAAAGUCGAUCCAAUUAUUCGAGAGAUGGGCAAUAAUGUUAGGUUAUAUAAUGAGCUUGAUCCUGUAAUAUUCCGAGCUGGAUUAAAUGGCAGAGAAGGGAGGGAUGAUUUGGCAAGGCCGUAUCCAUCAAUUAAUCGACUGGCUGAUUCUAAGUCUCGCAAGAAGAGGAUGGGUACACCGCCAUUAUCUAGACCUGAUGAUGCCAUGGGAGAAACAAGGGAAGUUUUGGAUCCGGACCGAGCAUCAUUGACAUGGCAUGAUGAUGAGAUUACUGGGCACAAACCAGAUGAUCCAGAUGAUGAUGGAGAGGGAAUUAAUGGAAUCGGCUUUCGACCGACACCUGCCAUUGCUUAUGCAAGAGCAGAAAGAAGAAAGCAGCAAAUGGCAGGUUACAGGAGUCGGGAAGCAAGGGAGGCUAGAGCUCGAAGGAGCGAGAGAAGAAGGGGAACGGAAGCUGCUGCCAGAGAGGAGGCUGAAAAUGUUGCUAGAAGAGUAAGGUUCCUGGAGUCUGAUACCCAAACUAUCAUUUCAACAUCUUAAGGAUAUGAUGUUGGAUUUUCUUCUGGGGUUAUAUGGGAAUUAUGGUUACAAUAUUUGGUUUAUCGGAAUGAUUUCAGGGGCACGGAUUGGGGAAUAUUAUUGGCGUUAGGGAUAACUCGCAAAGGACAGGGAGCUAAACUACAAGUAUGAAAUAUGGAAGCGGACCCAUUGCUCAUUAUAGCGCAGUAUGGAGCUGCUAAUACAUUGUUCGAGAAUUUUACUACAUUUAC